AUGUCUCUAUACGAGGGCUCGAUCGACGACAACGACCCGCAGAUCAUAUACUCGGACGGCUGGGAGCUCGUCACGAGCGACGGAAACUGGCACGGCACCAUGCACUCAACAUCGACCAUCGUCUCCAGCGCGCGCGUGCGGUUCACAGGCACGCGCAUCGCAUUUAUAUGCACGAUCCCGACGGGCGACGGGCAGCUGAGCCAGGCGUCCUUCGUAGUGGACGGCGGCGCGCCGGUGCGCAUCGCACACGCCACGACGCCGCCUGUGCAGUGGCAGACGACGUUCUGGGACUCGGGCCCGCUCCCGUAUGGCUCGCACCUCGUCACGAUGACGAAUACGGGCAACGACGCGUAUUUGCGGCUUGACCGCAUUGACUAUGACCCGACGACGGGGAACGCACCGUCGUCGCGCGCUGCGGUGCCGCAGACGAAGACGGUGGUGGGUGGGACGGCGACGGUGCAGUCGACGGUGACGUCUGUUGUGGUUGUGUCUGAGUCGAGUGGUGCGGUGUCGUCGUCGUCGUCCGUGACGAGUACAGGCGGUCAAUCGUUGCAAACCGGGACUGUGGCAGUACCCACAAACUCCAAUACCAGUCCUGAACCAUCAUCGUCUGCUGGUGCGAAGCUGAACGACUCCGACACAGGGUCCUCGCCAGACGCGCAGAAGUCUAGCAGCGCCACGCCGCCUGUGGCUGCGAUUGUAGGAUGUGUACUUGGCGCGCUGCUGGCUAUUGCGCUUAUUGCUUUGGUUCUGCUAUUUUAUCGGAGGAAAAAGUCGCAGAGGGCGAUGUCGGCGUAUCUGGACGAGUCUGCUAUCCAUGGUGGUGGUGGUACAGGAGCUCAGGGCUUGGUGGGGUCGAGAUGGAGAGGAGUAAAGCGUACGAUGCCUACACCAUUCAGCAUCGCGCGCGGAUCGACCUCCAAUUUAGCGCCGCAGAGCAACACGGAGCCGUCUUUGGAUACCUCGCCAACGGGCGAAAGCAGUAAUAUCAGCCUUACAUCGCUCUCAUCGCCGUUCAACUACUACGACUCGAGCAGAGGCGUUGUGUCUGCAUCCGCGUCGGUGUAUCACCAUGCUAGUGAGAGCUCUUCGCAGGCGCAUGGAAGCUAUGGGUCGUAUAUGUACCAGUAUAAUGGUGCUGCCGGUGCAGGGUCUAGUGUUGGUGGACAAAUAACUGGCGGGUCGAGCUCAAAACAUGCAGAAUUCGUCGCUGAGCAACAGCACCAAUAUAAUCAGCGCCAACAACAACAACAGCAAAUGCAACAAAUUGACCCUCGAGCCGUUGUAUUCGGCCGCGCUGGCACGUUGAGUAAUAGAGCACUUCCACUUCCGCCGCCGCCGUCGCAGUCGCAAUUACAAUCGCAAUCGCACCAUCAGCACUACGAAGAGUCCGAUGCCGGUGGUGCACCGAGCAGCGUGGGUCCGUUUAUGGACGAAGUGCCUCCGCCAGCGUACCCUGGUUGUGUUGUGCAUAAUCUGAAUAAUCAGGGUGGUGGUGGUGCCACGCAGAUGUCCGGCUCGGGGUGA